CAUGUUAUUUAGUAUUUUUGUCAGAAAGAGCGAUAAAAGUCGUAAAAUUCAUCACACGAUUUUGUAAUUUGGUUGUACUAGAAGGGAAUAUUAUAUUAUGUGAAUACCCCUUUCAAAAGUCAGCAAUCUUGUGCCAAACUGUACCAAAACAUCUCUAUAAAAGAAUUGUUCUUCUCAUUUACGUUGAAAAUGGAGGUCUGAACGAUAUCAGCGAUGAUAUUCACGCUCUUCUACAUGUAUGCGACCUUUAUUCAAUGGUGGCGACUGGGAUCACUCAAGAACAAACUCAACGGGACUCUGACUUCAAAAAACGCCCUUCUGGUUUGUGACGGGACCGUCAUUUAUGAAGCGAAGAAAUCGAGGAGCUUCGAAACGCUUCUGUUCAGAUCCGAGGAUAGGAUAGGAUGCACAAUAGUACCAAAACAAAAAAUCAACCUUUCUCAAUGGGUGACUUUCCCCAGAGAUUACAGAUAUUUUCCGAUACUGUUCCAAGAUAACUCCUUGAAGAUUGCGUCUCCCAGUAUUUACAUUCUGAUUGAGACCAUGCUAGAUACAUAUUUGAAACAUUCUGCUGAUUUAUUACAGGUAGAAAAUUUCGGAGAACUGGUAGCUUGGAGGGCAUCUGAUUACUUUGAAGCUAUACUUAAGACUGAUUUAGAUAAGCUCACCAAGAUAGUGCACUGUUUUUCCCAAGGUGAUGUAGAUAUAAACCACGAACUGAAGCUUCUUAAGAUUGAGACUGUCGAUAUCGAAGGAAUUCCAACAAAAAUAAAAUAUGACCGGAAGUAUUCUAAAGAAUCGGUUAUGAGGUAUUCCCAUGCCCCCAUCCAUUGGAAGGUGUUUGCUGAAAACCUGAAAGAGAUGUAUUCUAGAGUAAGAGAUUCAACAAACCCCAAAAUCACCAUCGAGAACGGAAAGUCUGAUGAAAUAAAAAAAGUUCCGGUGAGCGAAGUCAAGCCAAUAAAAAAAGAUAGUAAGAAAACAGAAGAUAAAAACACUCUGGAAGUUACUGUGGGGGAUUACAGAAGACAUAAGUCGAGUGACCACAAAAGAGACAAACAUGCCAAAACUGAUGGACCUCUCCGGAUCGAAACCAAGAUCAAAGAUGAACAUAAACAUAAGACUGCAAGGUCAGCACUGGAGGCGAAAAUUAGGGAGCACAAGAGAGAGGCUAAAAAUGCUGACGAUAUCAAAACGAAGAAGGAAGAUCUCACUAAAAAAGACGUCAAAGAUAUUGAAGAUGUGAAAAAAAUUGUUGGAGAGGUGGAAGAUAUUAAAGAAGAGCCCAAAACCGUUAUGGCGAAAAAAGAUGGUAGAGACACUUUUGACUCUACUGUGAGAGAAGAAAGGGGUGAACCGAGAUCUUCUCGAGCCAAAGAAGAAGAAAAGCCACCUAAGAGAGAAACGAGUAAGUCCAGAAAGGAUGAUCAGAGGAAAGAUGAUAAACUACACAAAUCUCCCAAAGUAGCUAAAACUAAAUCGAAAGCUGAUUUAGAGAAACCAGACAGGAGCCCAGGCAAAUCCAAGACAAUGUCGAAGAGAACUACCAGCUCCGAGAAAAAAUUGGUAAAGAGCAUGGCCGUGUGUGAUGAUGAUUCGGACAAGCUUCCUAAGAAAGACGAUGAGUGUGUCCAACAAGAGAAAAGUUGUUCCAAACUAGAUGAAACUGCCAUGAACGAAGACUUUUUGUUUGGCGAUGGACAAGUGAAGAGUAAUGGAGGUGUAAGCAGCUUGCCAAAGAGUGUCAAACCUCCAAACAUUUUGAUUUACGCUGACAGUUUGGUUGCCAAGGAAAAUGUCAGAUCUGCCCUGGUGUCUAUGUUGAAUAAAGACAAAUACACGAUCUAUGAUUUACCCACCGAUCCAAACCAAAUGAUGUGGAAUUCAUCAACGGUGUUAGUAGUGAUUUGCGGUUCGGUACCACCGAACCUAACUUUUCAUUUGCUGCAGUUUUUACUGUGUGGUGGUCAGUUGUUGUGUCUAUGCAGCGAUUUUUUGUAUAGCGUUCUCCAUACUUUUACUACGGCAGAGGUGAGAGAGCAUGAACUAGUUCGAUUCACUUAUGGGAAGUGGAAGCAAGUCAAAAUGAUGCACCACAUUUUCUGCUACCAAGCUUCUCCUACCAAAAAACAGUUCUCCAAAGAUUCCGAUCACUCAAAUCAAAGCAGCGGGAACGGUUCGAGUCCGAUCGCUCCCAGAACGCCCUCUGCCGUCGAAAUUCAACACAACGGCAAAAACUUCGUCAUCCAAGUGCAAGUACUAGGUACAGAAGAAACUUGGCAGACUCCCAGUUUGCUUCUGGCGACCGUCAAGGGAGGUGAAGGGAGAGCCAUAUUCUCGCAGGUGCAUCUGGAAAUCGACCCAAACGAGUACGAGGACGACGAAAAGAAAUUCGAAGCUUUGAAAGAUAGCGAUCAGGCCAGGUUAGAGAUCUUGGGAGACAUUCUUUCGAACCAUCUCGAUAUUGAUUGCAGGAAUAGAGUCUGCGACAUUGUUUAUGCGCCAGCGUAUUUUUUGGGAAGGCAUGAUAUGAAACUAAAACUGUUGGAUGAAUGUGAUAGCAUUAAGGAGAAGAGGAUGGAAUGCGACAAAGUAUCAGUGAAAUUUUGUGGGAAAGACGAAGAUCCAGGAUCUGCAAGUAGCAGUUUUAUGCCGAUAUUAAUACAUUCCUGCCCAUCUAAUUUCUCGACUGUUUCUUAUUUCGAGGCAUUGGAAACUGAACGCAUAGGUAGACUAGUUUUGUAUUCCGAUGUGAUGACCAGCUCCCAGCACGUGCUUAGCAAAAAGUUGGCACACGGAUUGGUUGUCAUUCCUAGACAACAAACUGAAGGAAUCGGCAGAUCCAACAACCACUGGCUCAGUCCGAUAGGUAGCGCAAUGUUCUCUUUGCAACUACACAUUCCACUAGCUUCUCCUCUGGGAAAAGUAUUACCGUUGGUCCAGCAUUUCAUAUCAGUUGCUGUUGUGUCCGCUAUCAAAACCAAGAAAGGAUAUCAGAAUCUAGAUAUUGGCAUCAAGUGGCCAAACGAUCUCUAUGCAAACAAAAAUGUGAAGAUUGGUGGUGUUUUGGUGUCCUCUUUCACAGAGCGAGAUGUAGCAGUUAUCAACGUUGGGUGCGGAAUCAACUUGGAUAAUCCGAACCCUACCAUUUGCAUUAAUGAUCUCAUCCGGAUGUCGAAUCAAGACGAGAAUACCUCGAUAAAAACCAUCUCAUAUGAAACAUACUUCGCUGAGGUUUUCAACGAGCUCGAGAGGAUCUAUGAAAUCGUUCAAGGAGGUGAUACCGAGUACCUUUACGAUAUGUACUACAAAUAUUGGUUGCAUAACGAUUCUGAGAUCACCGUCAAAACCAAGGAGGGCUCGUCCGAAAAGGUGAGGAUCGUCGGCAUAGAUGACUACGGACACUUGAGAGUGAGAGCCCAAAACGGUUCCAUCAGCACAGUCCAUCCGGACGGCAACAGUUUCGAUAUGUUGAAAGGCCUUGUCUCUCCCAAAGUGUUCUGAAUCUGUUUAUCGAAACGAAAUUUUUGGCUGUUGAAAGGUUUUUCAAGAACCGCAUAUCGAAGUUGUGAUUUCAGAAAAGAAUAUGUUGUACUUUUAAUGGUUAUUGAUGGCUUAAUGCAAGAGUUCCGCCAUUUUGUGAAUGUCUACUUAUACUUCUGUCUCAGUCCGGUUAAGAUGUACUAUCAAUAGAAUAUAUAGGAAUUUUUUUCAAUUAUAUCUCUUUUUAGGAAAUA